AUGCAGACCCCUCUGCUUUCUGCGCCCACUGCGGCCAACUACUCUUCAGACCGCCUGACCAUCGGCGCUGGAGUCGCCAUAUUUCAUGUACGCACCGAGCGAGUCGUCGUCUGCUACCACACACUCGAGAAGUACUGGUUUCUGCCCAAGGGACGCAAGAAUGCGAAUGAGAGCAUCACAACCGCCGCCGAGCGCGAGGGUUUCGAGGAGACUGGGUACCGCAAUCGGCUGUUGCCGAUACCCAUCAUCCACAAGCAGACUGAUCCCGACGCCGGACACGAGCCGUUCGUAACUGAAGCCGUAUGGGUCCAACUGCUCCCUUUGUCUGCGAUCAAGCAGUAUCUGCUGUUCUGGUACAUAGCGGAAACAGUCCCGCAGGAUGUAGAGCUGUCGUAUGAUCGAGAGGUCGGUCAAGACAGCCAGACCGCGCUCCCAUCGCGAGUCUACGUCCCACCCCCGCCCUUCCCGAAGAGACAAACAUUGCAACGACGGAUCGACGAAGAUACCCUGAUUGCUGAGGAUGGCACGCGCAAGACGUAUGAGCCCAAAUGGCACGAGGGAACUGGCGUCAAUGAAGACGAAUCAUACUAUCGCAGCUUUCUGCUGACGGUCGACGACGCGUGCAAGAAGCUGGGUCGAGGAGUCAUGCGGGAUGUGGUUCGUAAGGGUUGGGAGGCCAUUCAACUGCGACAGACGGAGGAGUCAGGCAGCGAAAUUACAAGUCCAUGA